UGCUUCGAAAUCAUUUCUCCAAUACAAUUGGCCGCGAAUGGUUGCAAAUAAAUUGAAAUCAGUAAAUAUAUUAUUUUAGUUUGAAUUAAGGAAAAUAUAAUAUAAGUACGAGAUGCAUAAUUCGUGUGAUUGCGGCUAAUGUUGAGUACUCUUUUUUGUAACGACAUAGAAAAAAUUCGAGUAUAUUUUUCUUUUGGCUUAUUAAAUAUUUGAUAUUUGAUUGUAUGUCGAGCAAGUUUUAAAUUGCAAUAACAUGCAUAGUCAAUGUACAAAAUAAAUAAUUUGACGCGUGAUAAGCAAUUGCAACUGCAGCUGAUCUAACUAAAUUUAAUUAUUCAUUUCUUUUUAUUUUCAAAAUACUUAACUUAAACAAUUAAGUAAAUAGAAUAUUACAUAACUUGCUGUGCUUAAAAUCAGUGCUCGAUAAUUUGGUUCUUGUGUAAUUCGCCGCCAUUUAUUUAUGAAAACAACAAACAAAAAUAAGUUUAAAACGUACAACAAAAAUCAUAAUUUCAAUUGUUGUUUUUUACGUACGCGACUGCAUGAUUUGCACGUACCGAAAUCAAAACCUCAAAUUGCGUUGCUACAUUCGCAAGUAACGCAAGUAACGCAACUAACGCAGGCUGUGACUUUCCUGUCAAAGCUCGAUUAAAAUUUCCUGACAAUAAAUUCGAAAAUACAGAAAAGCAUAAUAUUUCCUCGUUAUUGUUCAGUAAAAGAUUUUGUGAAUUUUUAGACAAGAAAUUAUUAUUAAUGUAAACUGUUCACUUAUCAAGAAGGACAAUGUAAACUGUAUAUUAUAUUGUUUAUAUUGUUUAGCAAACGCAAACGUAAACGCAAACGCAAACGUUAACGUAAACGCAAAUUUUCAGUGAAAUAUAAAAAUCGCGCCCGUUGACUUCAUUCUUUUAUGCAAAUCGACAAUUUGAGUCUACUUGCCUUGCCGGUCGCGCUUACGUACGCAAGUGUGGUUUGUUGUUGUUCUUUUGAUUCUGGCGCCGGAAUCGUAUUGUGCAUAUAAAUAAUCAAAUAAGCAAAUCAACAAAUCAACAAAUCAACUCAAGUGCGAUAAGUACUGCUUUCCUCCCCCUAGAGUAAAAACUAAAGUUCAACCUACGCAGGAGGAUCACCAUUCCUUCGAUUAUGUCGCAGAAUCAGCGCGAUACCCUCAUACAUUUGGUGGCCGGCGGAACUGCUGGCACAGUUAGUGCUAUCGUAACAUGUCCACUGGAAGUUGUAAAAACACGUUUGCAGAGUUCGACAGCUUUUCUAACACCUCCUCGCGGUAGUGAUCCGCCAGGUUCAUCGAAUGGAUCCUCCGAUAUGCUUAGACCCGAACAACGUCGUAAGCUGAGUACAACAAUAUUACGAAAUAGAUCGCAGCCACAGGUGAUUGGGGGUGUUCGUAGGAUAAUGGCCAUUUCACAUUGUGGUAUCUCAUCUACUUCGACGAAAUCCAUGAGCAUCAUACAGUGUUUAAGACAUAUAGUACAAAAUGAAGGACCGCGUGCACUCUUCAAAGGUCUAGGACCGAAUCUCGUUGGUGUGGCACCAUCACGUGCUAUAUACUUUUGCACCUAUUCACAAACAAAAAAUAUGUUAAACUCUCUGGAUCUUAUACGAUCAGACUCACCUCAAGUACACAUCAUAAGUGCUGCUAGUGCUGGUUUCGUUUCGUCUUCUAUCACUAAUCCAAUUUGGUUUGUUAAGACACGUUUACAAUUAGACUACAAUUCCAAAGUUCAAAUGACUGUUCGACAAUGUAUCGAACGUGUUUACGCACAAGGCGGUAUACGCGCAUUCUAUAAGGGUAUCACCGCUAGUUAUUUUGGUAUAUGUGAAACUAUGGUGCAUUUCGUUAUAUACGAGUAUAUUAAAUCGAAACUGAUUGAGGCCCGGAAGCAGCGUAAAAACGACGCAAAAUCAUCACGGGAUUUUGUUGAAUUUAUGAUGGCUGGUGCCGUUUCAAAGACUGUAGCUUCUUGUAUUGCAUAUCCACAUGAAGUAGCACGUACAAGAUUGCGUGAGGAAGGAAAUAAAUAUAAUCGUUUUUGGCAAACAUUACACACUGUUUGGAAGGAGGAAGGACGAGCUGGACUCUAUAGGGGCUUGGCCACACAACUUGUACGGCAAAUACCGAAUACCGCAAUCAUGAUGGCAACAUAUGAAGCUGUUGUUUACGUAUUAACACGUCGGUUUAAUAACAAAGGCAACGAGUUCUACGACUUUUAGAAAAUAAUUAUUUGAUAUAUCAUUUAAUUGCCUAAACAAUCAGCGUGCUAAAAUAUUAAUAUAUAUAUAGUUUUAAGUAACAAAGUCAAUGAGCGCAAGUUUUUUUUAGUAUGAAAAGCGAACAGUUUACAAGAAAAUCCAA